CUCACCACAUAUUUAAACAGAGGAACAGAUCUCUGUUCAGAUGCUUUAGUUCAGAUUUUACUGAAGCUGAACUGUCUGACUGAACUCGUCUCUACCAUCCUGAGCUCAUCCUGAAAUCUUAAAGCCAACAUUAUCACAGCAAGCUGGAGCUGACUGGACCCUGUCCUCACCACAGCAGACUGUAGUUUUCUACAAAAGACAAGACAUGAUCUGUAUGAAGAUGACCGUGUGUGUGGUUGGUGUGCUGUUGCUGAUGACUGCUGUUACUCUUGCUGCUUCUAUAUCCAUAUGGAAGAUCAGUGCUAUGGAGUACCCCCUGGACAUGGCUGAAAACUCUGUGGAUGACUCCUAUGAAGGCUGCAGAGAUGCCAUGGAAAAAUUAGUGCUGUCAAAGUAUACUAAACAGGAAAGAAAAAAGACUCCUGGCUUUGCUGCUGCCUGGAAAAUUGCACUGAAUGCAAAAAAAUGUUCUAAAGAGGAAACAUUCAAAAAACAGUGCGCAGCCAUUUACCUGUACACAGGGAAUCCUGAGAUAAAUAAGAAUUGUUCAUAUAUAGAAUUUAACGCUGCUACUCGUAAAGGAAAAGCAGCUUACAAGUCCAACAGCUUCCAGUUUUACACGCUGUUUUUCUAUCUGACUGAUGCCGUUCAACAACUCAAACGCAAAACAAAAGGGUGUUUAACCACAUAUCGCAGAACUAACGCUAAAUUCCCAACAAACGUUCGCAAUAAAACCAUUCGAUUCGGCUCGUUCACCUCCACCUCUUUAAAGGAGCCUCCAUCUCGUUUUGGUGAUAAAUCGUGUUUUGAAGUGGAGACGUGUUUCGGAGCUGAUGUGACAAAAUACUCAAAAUUCCCAACUGAGAGCGAGGUGCUAGUCCCCCCGUACGAGGUCUUUCGCGUCACGAAGAUUAAAACAAAAGACAAAAAAAACAAAAACCUGUGGUGCAAGGUGGUUUAUGAACUCAAAAGUAUAAAAAAAAUGAGGAGUGACCUUAAAUGUGCAAAAGUCAAGUAGUAUAGUACCAUCCUGAUCCAGCUUAAAGAUCUUAAAGAUCUUAAGAUCUUAAAGAGGCUAUGUUCACAUAGCAGGUAAAAGUGGCCUGAAUCUAUUUUUUUUUUUCAUUAUACAAUAUGUGUGGUAGUGUGAAUGGAAACAGGUACAUUUAAAAUGUGGUUUGAAGCUGAUUAGCAAAUAUUGGAUUCCAUGUGGUUUCUGGCUCAAAAAUCACUCUGCAAACAAACUAUAUAUAAAGUAGUGUUGAAAUUUGAUGCACAUCUGAUUUGCGGCAAUGUGACACAGUCUAAACAGCCAGAGCAGAAUUAAUAAUGUGUCCUUUAUACAGAGAGCCUGAAUUCUCUAUAGCGUGAUAGCUCUGCAAUUAUGAAACCGAAACUUCAUGUGAAGCUUUACUUUUUUUGAGAAUCUUCAGGCAAGUGUCAGAUAUGGGUCACAUAAAAAGACUGUGUAAAUAGCUUUAAAAAAGUUCUUCAGAUUUAAGCCCUAUCCGGACAGGAUUAGUUUCUCAGGGGGACGUCUGUGAAAAAUAUUCCACACAUCUACUCAGUGAUAAAACUCUUGCAUACGGACUGCAAUUGAAAAAACAGGAGGACCAGUGAGCUUUUUGGUUUUCUAGGUCACAUGAAAUCACGUUCAGUAGCUCCUCCAUUUCCACUCGCUGUUUUGUUUACAGAGAUCUCCAUGGAAACGCUCACCCAAAGUAAAAAAUAAAAUUACCGGAGGACCACAGAGUCCAGCAAAAAACAGUAGAUAAUUCAGCGUGUAAUUUUCUAAGAGGAUGUCUGAGAAAAACACGUACAUGGUCAAUCCGAACGAGAAUAAAAUAACAGAGGACCCCCAUAAAAAAGAAAAGUACCCCAGGACUCCCCUGAGAAACUAAUCCCGUCCAGAUAGGGCUUUAGGCCACUUUUACCUGCUGUAUAUACAAGCAUCCUGGUCAGAGAUUAGUUCUGAUCGGAUGUGCUUUAAUUAAUGCUGAAUAUUAUUGUUUUACUGCUCUUACAAAGAGUAAAAUAACUGUAAUGAUAUAAGAAUAUUGCUUAUCUCAGGGACAGCUCUACAUAUCUCCUGCUUGUUUAAAUACAUUUUAUUUUCUUUGUCUGAUUAUUCUUUGAUAUGUUUUGGAUUACUCUUCAUUUAUUAAUUAUUUUUCUUAGCUUGUUAAAAUCACAAUGUUUACUGCUAAUAAGAGUUUUAGAUUAAUGUAAGACUGACAUUUAUUAGUGAAAAAUCAGUUAAAUUUUGCUUGCAUUGCUUUGGUUAAAACUGGACUACAGCAACUCAUAAGUUCAGUAGAGAAAAAAAAUAUCUGUUUUUUUGUUGUUUUUCUUUCUUUCUUGUUCUAUAU